UUGGGGGUGGGGGACUAAUGGGAAUUUCAAUGUCAGUUUGCGACUGCUAAAUGCGGCCAUUGUGUGCGUUCAAAAAAUACAUCAAGGAACAAAGGAAGGCGAGUGAGCAGAAAGGAUCGCGAGCGGUCACCCGUCAGGCUGUGGCCUCAGUUAUAUUUGUCUGAACGCCUGUUGGAAUCAUUUGCAGGCACUUGAAUGCCAACGAGUUUUGCUGUGUGGUUGGAAACAUUUGAAAGUCUGCGGUGCAGGCAUUAAGGCACAGACAGACAUUUCCAAGGCUGCACAGUAGAAACUCACAGGGAGUCUUCCUGGAGCAAAGGAAUAACAUAACCCCGAAGGAUUUUUGUCGUUGCUGUAGGCUGGUGAAAACUGACAUCCUUUUGACCUGAUUGGAAGGUGCUCUGCUCCUCUCGGCAGUGAAUUCGCUUCAGUUGUCACACACGGGUCGCGAUGAACACGCCGCCGAGGAAGAACUCAAGCACGUUGGUGCACUCUUUGGCCAAAGUGUUUGACUCCAAUGCCAUGCAGAACCAAGGGCCUCCAGUCAUCACGGGGCCCUCCACCAGGCUGUCGGAGAGCACUCGGGCUACCUCCGGGGAUGCUCUCAGUGUGAUGGACAUUAAACUCGAGUCGUUAAGCCAAACGGUGGAGAAACUCCUCGGCUUCCAGGAGAAGGUCGUCCAGAAGUUGGACGGCAUCACUCAAGACGUUGACAAGAUUGGACGGAAGGUGGAAAUGCUGACCGCCGACAGAGGGGAGGCUGUGGCAAAGGUUAGCAUCCCCCGUGAAGGCGAACACAAAAGUGCGAGUGUUCCCGCCGACCUUUCCGAUCUGUUGUCCAAGUUGACCCAGAGCUCCAGGGAACAGACCAAGAAGAUGGACGGAAUCGAGAGCAUGCUGGUCGGAGUACAGCAAGUCAUCAACUACAUCGGAGAGACCUUGAAAAAUUCCAGAAUCGCUGAGUUUAUUCUCAAAGGCCAAUUCGCGUCAAGGGGGAGAGGCGGUGAUCCGCAGCGACCCUUCAGAAAGGGAAUCGCCUCACAAAAGUUGGCAUUAAGAAGGAAAAGAGAGAAGGUGAAAGAUCAGCAGUCUGGUGAUGUGAAAGGAAAGCAAAAUCUAAAUAUUGAAGAAAUUAAAUCCCAACAGAAGAAAAAGCCUCCAGAUUCAACAGCAAUAUUUGAUCAGGAGGAUGGAGAUAUUUUCCGUGAUCAAAAGAUUGACAAGUUAAAUAAAGAAAAUGCGAACAACACAAGUCUCUUUGAGGAUCCGAACAAUAUCAGAAGCCAAGCAAAACACAAAAGUGUUGCAAAACUAAAAGGAAAGCCAUUUGAGAAAGACAUAGGUGUCUAUGGGCCUCAAUCUACCAGCUCGGCAGAAGGUACCUCCUCAGUUAUAGCUCCAGAGAUUACUGAAGCUAUUUUAGACAGUUAUGGUGGUAAUGAAAAUAAGGAAGACACAGCAGUAAAGGAACAAUGUGACAUUAAGCCUGGGAAGAGUUUUAGCUGUGCAGAAACCCAAACAGGGAUCAACAGACAAAAUGAUGAAAGGACAGAGAAGAACAAUGUUAUGUAUGACAAAAUUGUAGACAAUAGGUCCCUGGAAAAUGUGCGAACAAAGGAGGAUAAUGGAAAUAUUAAUAAAGAGUUAAUGAGUGAAUCAGAGUCAGAUGGAAGAAAGGAGAAUGUAAUAAAUGAAGAAAAUGAAGAAACGGAAAACAAGUGCAUAAAAGAUGAUGGAAGCAAUGAAGAGGUCAAGGGCACCAGUCUUGAAAGCACAAACUCAGAGUUUACUAUUGCUGAGAGAUCCAAAGUGAAGGACAUAGUGUCACAGGUAGAUGAACUACCUGAGGAUCAGGAAAUUGUUUGUCAUGGCAAAAAUUGCACAGUCUUGCUAAACAGAUAUGAAGAUAGCGAAAGAGAAGCUGAAGCUUUAUUAGCAGCUGCAGCAGAACCUGAGGAAGGAACAUCCCAGGAGACUGAGCCACAUGCAGUCAAAGAUCUGAGUCCCAUCAAUAAAAGAAGAGGGACUGGGGAAAGUUCACUGAAUGAUGACAACAAGAAAAGCAGAGUGGAGGAAAAAGGCUGCAGCCAGGAAGACACAACUGAACCGGCCUCAUGUCUGGGCAGUGCAACAUCCACUGCUAGCCAGAAGGAAAUUAACCAAGCAACCAAGGAGUGUCCACACAUUGUGAUUGAUGAUGGCCCUGCUCCACCUGCUCCAUUUGAACAUCGAAUUGUCUCAGCCAACAUGGCCCACAUCAGCAAUUACUAUACGAUCUACAAAUCUGAAGUCCUCGGAGGAGGACGGUUUGGACAAGUGCACAAAUGUGUAGAAAAGUCUACAGGUCUUACCUUAGCAGCCAAAAUAAUCAAAACCAGAGCAGCAAAGCAUAAGGAGGAGGUAAGGAAUGAGAUCCAAGUCAUGAAUCAGCUGAAUCACACAAACCUCAUCCAGCUGUACGAUGCUUUUGAGUCAAGGAAUGAUAUCACUCUGAUCAUGGAAUAUAUCGAUGGAGGGGAGCUAUUUGACAGGAUUAUAGACGAAAGCUACAAUUUAACAGAAAUGGACACAAUCCUGUUUGUAAAACAGAUCUGUGAAGGACUUCAAUAUAUGCACCAGAGGUAUAUCCUUCAUCUGGAUCUAAAGCCUGAGAAUAUUUUGUGUGUCAAUCGGGAAGCCAACCAAGUAAAGAUAAUCGACUUUGGAUUGGCCAGAAGAUAUAAACCAAGAGAGAAACUAAAAAUCAACUUUGGAACUCCAGAAUUCCUUGCUCCUGAGGUUGUGAAUUAUGACUUUGUUUCAUUCCCUACGGAUAUGUGGAGCCUUGGGGUGAUUACAUAUAUGCUGCUGAGUGGACUCUCUCCAUUUCUUGGGGAAGAUGACAAUGAGACCCUCAAUAACAUUCUUGUUUGUAAAUGGGACUUGGAUGAUGCAGAAUUUGAAAAUGUCUCUGAAGAUGCCAAAGAAUUCAUAUCAAAACUUCUUAUCAAAGAAAAGGGUGCAAGAAUAAGUGCCACCCAGUGCCUCAAACAGCCCUGGCUAAAUAACAUAGCAGAGAAAGCUAAACAAUGUAAGGUUCAUCUCAAGUCCCAGAUCCUUCUUCAGAAAUACAUGGUGCGACGGCUGUGGAAGAAGAACUAUUAUGCAGUAACUGCUGCAAACCGAUUGAAGAAACGCAGUUCUGGGACAUUGGCCUCCAUUGAAGUUUGAGCAUCUGGUGUUUGGAUCUAUGACCAAGUGCACUUUUCUCUGUAGGACAGUAACACACAGGACUUGUAUCACCUUCUUGCCGAAAUGCCUUCGUUUACUCUUCUACUCUAACAUAAUCUGGUUCAGGUUUAGGAAUCUAUGUUUAGGCAACAAAAUCAUGUAUGGGUGUCAUUGGGAUUUAAUUAUCUUUCUAAGAAAGGAGUGGCGUUUUGGUGUGAUUGUAGUUAUCUUAAUAAUGUUCUUGUUAUUUAUAUAAGUUUUAUGGCCAGUGUUUUUGAAGCUAAGCUACAUUUUUAUAUAUAAAGAUUAGUUAUCAUCAUUUUAAGGCAUCAUCAAAUUAAGCACAAGGAAUUCCUCAAAUUCAAAGGAUCCCUGUAUUAAGGUUUCCUCUCCUUCAGGGGACAGUACCAGGUGGUACUGUCACUAGACCAACAAGCCAGAGGUCAUUGUUUUAUAUCCUGAACAGAGCAACUGGUGAAACGUGAAAAAAAACAGGGGCAGGUCAUUCAUCCCUUCAAGUCUCCUACGCCAUUCAGUAUGACCGUAAUUGAUCAUCCAACUCAGUAGCUAUAGAGGUUAAAUUCUAUGAAUAAAUCUGAAAUAUAAAGUGAGUCUAGGUAAUAGUGACCAUUGUUGAAUAUAGUAAAAACUAAUGACCGAUAGGAGAGGAAAUCCAACCUUCCUGGCUCAGCCUUCAUGUAACUCCAAACUGAGAACAAUAUCAACCUCCCUCUGCAAUGACCUAGCAAGCAACUCAGUUUCAAGGGCACGUGGGAUGGGCAAUGGCCUUGCCAGUGAUGCUGUCAUCCCGUGAAAGAAUACAAGAUAAACAUCAGUCUGGAGAAGCUGUGAAUUGGUCGUUUCCUAAACCUUUUAUCCCCUUAAUCCUCGACAGGUCUGGAAAAACCUUAUUGUUAGAGAUACUUCUUAAAAGAUGUUUUCAAAGCCCCAGUUAGUUGAUGAAAUGGUAAUUGUGUGCCUUGGAAAGAAGCCUCUGCCUGCAGUUGACAGCAAUAGGACUGAGCCACUGCCACCCUCUUGUGGCAUUUCCUAAUUUAUCCUUUUCUACCAUUUUACUGUCUCAGUAUAUUAAAAUUUUAUGGGCUCUUGGUUUCAUUAGCAAGGAGUUGAAUAGAACCUUUGUGAAUUUUUGAAGUAAGGUUGUUUAAUGUUGCAGUGUCGCUGUUUUGCCCCAGUUUUACUGAACACUGCAUGAACAUAGGCACUCAAUUAGUCCACGGUUUUUUCUGAGAGAAAGACCCCAUUAAAGAAGUUGAGCUCCCAACAGGUCCUGCCUGUCACUUUUGGUAUUUUGAACAAAAUUUCAACAAAGAAAGACAUAUUAAGGACUGGCUGCCCAGCAAAUGCAAUUCUGGGGAAAGACUCAUAAUAUUUUUAUAUAUCAGCCCUUGGAAGUCUCAUUGGCAGUUAGAGCUGUGUCUAAAUACAUGGAAAUCUGUUUUCCCUCCCACCCCAAUGCAAAUGGGCAUUAACAAGAAAACUCUACUCUGGAGUCCAUUUACUGGAUAUCAGGAAGAUCAAGCUGUGCGCGCACCAGACACUUUUGACCUGUCUCUCUGUCCAUUUCUAAUCAAUGGGUGAAACAUUGUGUACUUUAUCUCUGCAAAAACAGUAGUUGUUCAAAUUAUACUGUUUUCAAUGAUGCCUUAAAGUAAUUUUGGUUUUUAUAAAAGACAUAGUUGUGAUACUCUGUCCUAACCUACAUAACUGCAAUUCCAUCAAAGCUGAUGUUGGAUCUGAUUUAUUUUCAUUCAUCAUUUAACAGUAGUUUUCUUUGUAGAGAUAGAAAUUGCUAAGAUAGUAACCAUGGUGCAGUCACUCCUCUUGUGAAAAUGGCAAAUAGAAGCAGGGAUUUCACCAAUGAGAGUUAUCUGAACUUAGUCAGUGAGUUUAGUUGGAUCACUGAGACAUUCACCUAACAGCAAGUUACAGAGCAGCAUUCCACCAAAAUACGUGGGGAAUAGGUUAUCACUGGGGAAUGCUAUCAAGCACAGGAGGAGUCCUCAAGGAAAACUGUAAGUGAAUGGAUGAGAAAACACAAUUAGUUUGAAGUACAUCAAGGUAGCAAAUCAUUCAAAGUACAAGAAAAAAAACUAAUGGUGUAAAACCUUAAGUAGAAGCUUGUGACCUCUGUACAAUUGUUCCAUUUAUCUGUAUUCAGUGCAAGUAACUUUCGGAUAACAUUAUUUUUAAUGUCUGGCUCUUUAAAUACUUCAGUUAGUUUAUUUUAAGCAUAUCAUAAAACCAACUUAUAUCACUUACAGUUAUCUAGAAAGUUUAAAAUCCUGUCAUCCUCACAAUAUUUUGUUCCUCUCAAUUUGCAAAAGAAAUUACAGUUCCUGUGUCAUUUUUUUUCUAAUUUAAAUUGAAGCAAGCAAAUUCAGUUGCAACAAUGUUUUCAAAGCUACUGUAACAUGAAACUUUGUUUGUGAAGAGCAAUUGGCUUGAAAUAUAAUAUUCUAACGUUCCAUUCUAAUCUCACUGUAUUUUCACUGCAGAUUGUCUGAUUAUUUUGACUUUGUUAGCCCUGUUGACUAUGAGGGUGUUAAUGGAAUGGUACAAAUAUUAUCAACUUACAUUUUCCCAUUUAUAAUUUUUUUUUGAGAUACUCAAAUCAAUAUUUAGGCCCCGAGCUGCUGAAUAACAGGACAAAGUUCAUGUGAUUGUUCAAAGCAGCCUGAAAAUAAUUAUUUUGAAUUUUAAGGCAUGCAGUACACAUUAUGUAAACUAAUGAAAAAAUGAUUGUUAUGGAUUAAACUGAUUUUUUGCACAGUUUAAUAAUAUACCAGCAGAAUUACACUCAUUUCCCUCAAAUACAUAGGAUCUAGAAUGUUUACUAAGUUAACAUUGUAGGGUGAAUAACUGCAUUCUAUUUUGUCCAUUUAUGAAACAAUUUGAUUUGAUGUGACAAUAUAAAUACAAUAGAAUUGUAUUAGUAUGCUAACGUUGAAGAAAAUUGCCAUCACAUGGAGACUUUUGACAGUGUUUGUAUUCAAUCAUAUUUCUAAUUGAAGUAAGUAAUAACAACAGAAAUGAUACAGACACUUGAAUCUGUGGAAGCAAAUGGGUUGACUUUGCACCUAAUGAGUGAAAAAGGCUUUUUUUUUUAUAAUCUUACUGUCAUGCUUACUUUCUUCCUCGCAAACCGGUAGGAGUCUGCCAAGCUUAAAUCUGAUAGAAUAUUGCAUGUUUUCCAGCCUUUUUGCUCAGAAUGCCUUCUGAAUGUGAGUCACGUUGCAUGCCUGAGUUGAGAAACCGGAGAAUGUUCUCCUCACUUGCCGUGAAGGCCAGGCUGUCAACAGAUAACUGUCAAGUGUAAAAUGUCACAUUGCAAGUGAGCACCGGGCAUACUGCUUAUAUGUCAUACUUAAAAUGCUGAUGGUGUUUCAUAAUUGGCAGCACUGACUGUGGAAUCCCUGUAGGAUGUACUGGUGUCUGGUUUCAAGACUUUAAAUGUCACUUCAACACACUGAACCCUCAUUGUAAUGCGCCCUUUAUGUCUUCAGCUUAAUGGACUAUUUGAAUGUACACCUUUCAGAGCCACAUGAGGUUUUUUUCUUGCAUGAAGGAGCCAAGUUUUUACAGCAGUAUGAUUGUUCUAAAUAAACCAUCAGGGUAAAAAAGAAAA